AUGCACUGUGAUUCCUACCCUACUGCAGCUAAACACCUGGAGAAUAAUAUUUUCAUGGACGACUUUGUUAUGGGAGUGGAUACUGCUGAACAAGCAACAAUUCUUUACCAAGAAAUGCAAGAUUUAAUGACACAGAUAAGUUUACCUUUGGCUAAAUGGAGUACAAACUCCAAGAACCUACAGGCUAUUUGGGAACUAAAGGAUAUCAUCUUCAAAUGCAAUACGCAAGUAUUGGGAAUUAACUGGAAUACCAAAGAAGACGUGUUUCAUACAGAUAUAAACGAAAGUGUUUAUCAGUUUGCUGUUCCUGCAACAAAACGUUUACUUCUUAAAAUUGUAUCAAAGUUGUAUGAUCCUUUAGGCCUCUGUGCACCAGCAAUAGUAGUUGGAAAAAUUCUUUUUCAAACCACGUGGCUCAUGGGAGUUCAAUGGGACGAAAUUCUUCCUCCAGGCAUUGCCGCAAGCUUUAACAGAUGGGUGACACUUCCACGGUUAGAACUUUUGGCAGCCUUACUAGGAGCUCGUUUACUUCACUAUUUUUGCAAAGAAACUGGUUUAGAAAAUCAAACAUCAACACUUUGGAGUGAUUCAACUGUUGUAUUAAGUUGGAUAAGAAAUGAUCCUAAUCGAUGGAAAACAUUCGUAUGUAACCGAGUCACUGAAAUUCUUCAAUACACUUUUCCAGCGCAGUGGCGACAUUGCCCAGGCACACAGAACCCAGCAGAUCAUCUCUCCCGUGGUGUAUUCCCAGCAGAAUUACCAUAUCUAGAAACUUGGUGGAACGGCCCAAGUUGGUUAGCACAAAUUUCAGGCGCCUGGCCAGUCCAAAGCAUUUUGACAAAUGAAGAAAAAAUAUUAAUGGAUAUAGAAGCUCGUCAAGUAAAGAACCAAACAUUGUGUACAUCGACUAUCCAAACUUUAAUCGAUAUAUCUCGCUUCAGUUCAUACACAAAACUCUUGAGAAUUACAGCUUGGAUUUAUCGUUUUCUGAACAACUGUAAAGGUCGACAACAUUUUACUUCAGAAUUGACGGCUGAUGAGCUGAAUAAGGCAAGAAACUAUUGGAUUUCAGUUGUACAGAAACAGAGUUUUUCUGUAGAAAUCAACGCACUAGAGUAUAAUCGUUCCUUACCUAAAUCCUCAAAAAUUUCUCGGUUUCGCCCAUUUCUAAAAGAUAACAUUUUACGACUUGGUGGUAGGCUACAAUUCGCACGAAUAUCAGUUGAACAAAGACACCCAAUACUACUGGAGGGAUCUCAUUAUUUUGUGCACUUGUUGAUUAGACACACGCACAUUCGUCUACAUCAUUUGGGUGUUCGUGUAGUCCUUUCAGAAUUACGCUCCGAGUUUUGGAUACUCCGUGGUCGUCAAGCCAUCAAGCGAGUGAUUAAAACCUGUUUACCGUGCAAACUGUCUCAUGCUUUAAGUUCUAAUGAAAUAGAAGCCCCUCUUCCAGCUGACCGACUUACUCCUUGUAUGCCUUUCGAUACUACUGGAAUAGACUUUGCAGGCCCAGUUUAUAUUAAGACCUUUAAACCUUCAAAUACAGCUUACAUUACGCUAUUUACAUGUUCUACUACUAGAGCCUUGCAUAUCGAACUUGUUUCUGACCUUUCUGUAGACAAGUUUCUUUUGGCCUUGCAACGAUUUGUCAGUAGAAGAGGACUUCCACAUACUAUAUAUAGUGACAACGCCACUACCUUCCAUGCCACAAACAAAGAACUCAUUUUCCUAUGGAAUACAUUGACUUCAACGAAAGUGCAGCAAUUCUAUGCUCACAAUGGUAUAAAGUGGAAGUUUAUUGCACCACGAGCAGCUUGGUGGGGAGGAUGGUGGGAGCGACUAAUAGGUCUAACCAAACGAUGCCUUCGAAAAUCCCUUGGUCGCUCAUUACUAGAUGAGGAAGCCUUAACUACGGUAUUAGUGGGAAUAGAAGCCUCACUCAACAGUAGACCCUUGAUUUAUGAGCUUGGUGAAAAUGAUACAGAGGAAGCUUUGACCCCAGCUCAUUUCCUAACUGGUCGAAAGUUGACCAUUGUUCCAUCCGGACCUGAGUCAAGAAAUGAUAAGCUCACAAAUAUUUACCGGAAACAGCAAGACUUACUGGAUACAUUUUGGAAAAGAUGGUCCAAAGAAUAUCUUUUGGAGUUACGCACAUUUCAUCAAGUACGAAAUGUAAAGGAAACACCACGAGUACGAGUAGGAGACUUGGUCUUAUUACAAGAAGAUCUGCGACCACGACAAAUGUGGAAGAAAGCUCUCGUGGUGAAAUUAAUCGAUGGCCGGGACGGAAGAAUUCGAACCUGCAUCCUUCGUGUCAAAGGAAAGGAGAUUACCCGUCCAAUUCAACUGGUCAUACCUCUGGAGGUUGACCAGGGUGGGGAGGAUGUUGCGCUCGCUCAUGAACAACAGCGUAUCAUCAACAUUCCACAAUUAUAG